GCAAACAAGAAAGCCUCCGCUCGGCUCCAGCCAGCUGCCCGUUCGGUGAAAUGAGCAGGACGAUGUCGCUGACUGCCUUGCUCUUCCUUCAGAAGUGCUGAAAGCACUACUGAUCAUAAAAAAUACUAUAUUUCAUAUUGGGAUAAGCGAAAUCUUUGAGAAACUGCGGUUGAGCAAAAUCAUUUUUUUUACAAGUUGGGAAGUGGACCGUAAGCUGCAAUGCCUCUGCUGUUUUUGGAGAGGUUUCCAUGGCCCAGCCUGCAGACCUACACAGCACUGAGUGUGGCCUUGCUUGCUGGCAGCAUCUUCAGUGCCUACACUACCGUGACUGAUCCGGGCUAUGGGGCCCUGGACACAGAGGAUACACCAGCUACAUCUGAGGUCGAUCUUGACCAUCUAAGCAACCCUAUAAGUAAUUCAGAAUUGGCAACAACUGUCCUUUGGUAUCUUGUUACAGACAGUCUCUUUGUAUGGGUACUGGUCAACACAUUCUGGUGUUCUUUGAUGUUAAUAGCUAAAAUGAUACAGUGUGUUGUUUUUGGACCGCUUAGAGUCAGUGAGAAGCAGCACCUCAAGGAUAAAUUCUGGAACUUCAUCUUUUACAAGUUCAUUUUCAUCUUUGGAGUAUUGAAUGUGCAAACAGUGGAAGAGGUGGUCAUGUGGUAUUUGUGGUUCUCCGCUCUGGUCUUUCUCCAUCUCAUGGUUCAGCUCUGCAAAGACCGUUUUGAAUAUCUGUCUUUCUCCCCCUCCACUCCAAUGAACAACCAUGUGAGAGUGCUCUGCCUGCUGGUCUCCCUGCUCCUGGACUGCUGUGGCCUGGCUGUGGUCUGCGGCCUGUUGGGAGCCUCCCAUGGAAUGCACACGCUCUCCUUUAUGGCAGCAGAGUGUUUGUUGGUCACUGUACGAACUGGGCAUGUCAUCAUGCGGUACUCCAUCCAUCUGUGGGAUUUGAACCAUCCAGGAACGUGGGAGAGCAAGGGCACAUAUGUCUACUACACAGACUUCAUAAUGGAGCUGUCUAUGCUAUUUCUUGACCUCAUGCACCAUAUCCAUAUGCUGCUUUUCGGUAACAUCUGGCUGUCCAUGGCGAGCUUGGUUAUCUUCAUGCAGCUCCGAUAUCUAUUCCACGAGGUCCAGCGCCGCGUCCGCCGGCACAAGAACUACCUGCGCGUCAUCAACAACAUGGAAGCCAGAUUUGCCGUUGCCACUGCAGAGGAGCUGGCUGCCAAUGACGAUGACUGUGCCAUCUGCUGGGAUGCCAUGCUGACAGCACGCAAACUCCCCUGUGGUCAUCUUUUUCACAACUCGUGCUUGCGCUCGUGGCUUGAGCAGGACACGUCGUGCCCCACAUGUCGGAAAUCCCUGAACAUUAACGGGGAUGGGGCUCAGGUGAGAAGCCAGCAGCAGGGUGGUGGUUUGGAAGACAACAUCGGUCCAGUUGGAGCUGUUCCAGAUGCUAGGCCACACAUCAACCAGCACAACCACUUCUUUCACUUUGAUGGGUCUCGCAUUGCCAGCUGGCUGCCCAGUUUCUCUGUGGAAGUAAUGCAUACCACUAAUAUUUUGGGCAUCGCUCAAGCAAACAACUCCCAGCUAAUGGCUAUGGCCCAUCAGAUCCAGGAGAUGUUCCCUCAGGUGCCCUCCUACCUGGUGAUGCAGGACCUGCAGCUGACCCGCUCUGUGGAGCUCACCACAGACAACAUUCUGGAGGGCCGCAUCCAGGUGCCCUUCCCUACUCAGGCCAUAGAGCGUGCCCCUAUGCAGAUCAGUCCAGCGCCGGAUGAGCAGGCAGGUCCCAGUGGAACAGCCGACCAGGAUCCCACUGAGUCGGGUAACAUGGAGGUCAAAGGCAGUCGCUUCUCCAAGUCAGCCGAAGAGAGGCAGAAGAUGCUGAAGCAGAGGAAGGAGGAGAUGCUCCAGCAGGCACGCAGGAGAUUUCUGCACAAAAGUCCGGAGGAUCAGGAAGAGGAUUUGCCCACACUGGAGGACGACUCUGUCCAUGAAUUGGACUCAACUACUCUGAGACGUAGAACCAUGGCAGCAGCUGCAGAAAGACGCAUUCAAAACCCACAAGAUCCUGCCCCCUGAAUUCACAGUUUGGCUUCAGCAGGAGAGUAUAUGUGUCAUCAUCCCAAGAGGCAGUGACCGAGCUACCUCAACCUUCCCCCAUUUGAUAUAGUUAAUGGUCGUCACCUAAUCACAACAUGAAUUAAAAAGCAUAGCAAACAUGGCCUGUGAACUAUUUUGGGCUGUCUAAAGAAAGGUGAGACUAUUAAAGUGGCCACAACAUCACUGAUUCCACUCUGAGUAUUAGGAGCUUUACUUAAAUUCAUGGUUACAGUAGACAGGCAAGGUCACAUUGUCCUCCUCUCAGUGUCUCACACCACAGCUCCCAGCUUCUGCAGACAGUAUUUGUCAUGAUUUGAACUUGCUGUCACAAAUGAGCAUGCUUUGCAGAAGCAUUACAAGAAAAUAUUGCAAGACAGGAACAUCAUGAGAAGGAAAGACUUAAGCUACUACCUGAGUCCUCGAUUCCUUUCUAUUAGAUUUUUUUUUUUGUCAGUCGAUUUGCUCAUGGCAUAAAAGCUAAUUUAUCCAGAUGAAGAAGCUCGUCUGAUGUCUGCGUCAUGAGUUUCAACUGUGAAUUAAGUAGCAACAUGUUUUCAGCUCUUACUGGGAGUAAGAGAAAUUCACUUUAGUAUUGGUGAGCCUUUCUAUCUACAAUGAAUGUUUCAAUCAAAAAUGAUGCUGCAAACAAAGUGUUUUUGACCCGCAUGGGCUGUUCUGUAUUUAGUGUGUGAUAUCAUCCACUGCAAGCAGUUUGCAUUGUGUUAUUUAACAGCAGGGGGACGUUGUUCUGUAAAUCUUUUUUGUCUCUCAAUUCUUGUAUCCUCAGAUGGAUAUAUAACAAAUAAGGAUUGAUUACAUUGUGUUAAUGUUAAAAUCACCUUAAAAAUUGACACUCUGCUGAUGAGUAGUGAAAAUCUUUUUAUUUUCUUCUGUUGAAUGUGGAGGGUCUUAGUCGUAACAAGGUAUGUGGAAUAGUUAUUUAAGUCUGCAGCAACUGGACUUUGCUGUGUGUAUCUUUUGGGUGUUUUGCCACUUCAAGAGUCUUCGUCAGUUUGGGUGGUUGAAGCUCCAGAUUUUCCUCUGGAAAUGAUGAAUCCUCUUUAUACAUAAAAAAAAGCCUUGCAGCAAAUCUGCUUGGCUUUGAUUUAGUAAUUCUUCCUAGUCUUUAACCAGAAGGACUGAGAAUCUCUUGAAGAAGUUUUAGGGUGUUUAAUCUGCGCCACAUUUUUCUGCCCAUGUUGGAAAAUUUUAACAGCAACAGAACACAUCAAGAUCCACUGCUCAACGACAUUAUCUUGGCAACAAACACCACAGAACAACAUGACCGUUUUUUAUUUUAAUUUUUUUGGUGGGGGGGUAGGGGUCAGAUUUAGCUGAAUCUCUAACUGGCUGAGACAUAUCAAUGGGUGCUGGAGCAAGCCGCAUUAAAGUAAUUUAAUUUCUGUUGUUACAGCACAAAAGACAGUUUUUGUUUUCUUGAAUUCAAUCCCAAAGAGCAGCCCACAAACUUGUGAUCUCCUAUGCUUUUUUUUUUUUCUAACACAAACUCUGUAUGGGCGUUGCUGUCAGACUAUAUAGGAUUUAGGUUUUUAAAAGUUGAUUUCACAAAAAUGUUUUUUUUUUUAAAUAACUUGACAGCUUUGGUUUGAAUUUCAGUUUACUAAUUUCCUUAGCAACUUUAAAAAAGAUCAUUAUAUUUUUUGCUAUUCUUGGGUUACCUUUCACAACAAUUACUUAUUAAAUCAAACCUUUUUAUGGACUAAGCUUUCCUGUAUUUUGUGCCUAAAUCAAGGAUGGUUCAGUUAAGGAUAAUUUCUGUAAAUCUAGUUUUUGUAAAAUAUGUUAAUAUGAAAAACUAAAUAAACAGAGCUUCUACAGCUUUUUAACAAAACA